AUGAGUUUGUUUGUAUUAGAUAAUAUGGUAGUCGAUGAAUCAGGUGAUACACACGAGAAUAAACGAGUAAAAAUCACUACUGCUUGUGAUGCAUGCCGUAGAAGAAAAGUUAAAUGCGAUGGUGCAUCACCCUGCACCAAUUGUCAACGUGGAGGUUAUCAGUGCUCAUUCAGUGACGCAUCUUCGAAAAGACCCCGGGGUCCUCCUAAAGGAUUUGUUGCCUUGAUCGAAGACAGAUUACAUACGAUUGAGUCUCUUCUAGUUAAAAUUGUGAAUAAAGACGAUCUUUCGUCUCUGACAAAACGCGAGCGAUUAGAUUCUACAUCGGCCGAAUCUUCUUCGGCUAUUCAAAAAAAUUCUACCAAUUUUAAAGAUCCUCAAUAUGCGACACCGGCUCAACAGAAUCAUUUAAUUAUCCCUUCCACCCCACCAUCAGAUUCUCAGAUAUCAGAUGCGUCACAAAAUCAUCUUCCGGGUUACACGGAAGAACUGACCAUUGUAGAUGAGGAAAUUCUCUUAAAUAAUUUGGUUGAUCCAAAUUUGUCCAACACAUUGCAGAGUAACCGUUUGUCCUUCUUAAUGCUUGAUGAUACAGAUGAAUCGUCCGAUUAUGUAGAACCGGCAUUGCCAACCUCGAUCGUUGAAUUAAAGCCGAUUCCCGAACAGAUUUCCAGACAUUUGUUUGAGAAUUAUUUUAAUCAUUUUCAUCCGUAUUUUCCUAUCGUUGAUCGUGUACAAUUCUUUCGAUCGUUGAAUAACACCAAUGUUCAAGAUCAGCCUUCAGAAUUAUUAGUUGAAACUAUUUGCACCAUUGGUGCAAUGUAUCCGCCUAACAAGAAACAGAAUGUUGACUAUAGUUCUCAAUUUUUUUAUGAGAGAGCAAAAAUUUUGCUGGAUCAUUUUAUUGAAGUUCCUAGAUUAUCAACAAUCCAAGCGUUAGUUUUACUUUGUUUGGUGCAUCAAGGGAAACCAUCCUCAUAUCGUUCCCAAACGUAUUCUUCCACCGCGAUUAAGAUGGCACAAUCUAUCGGCUUAAAUCGCAAAAAUGGCGCAGCAUAUAAAGGGGCCAAAAAUCGUCAUACGAAAAAAUUGGUUUGGUGGGGAUGUUUCAUCCUUGACAGAUUAACCUCUCUCAUGACUGGCGAUCCAUUAAUAAUUAAUGAUAAGAUGUGUGAUAUUGAACUUCCUUCACUUGAUGAAUUAGAAUUCGAUGAUGGUAAUACAGAUUUUCCAAGUGAUAAUGAGGAAAGUUCCCAAAAUUUCCAACAAGGUGAAGCUUCGCAACGACAAGCUUCAAGGUCCACCUCUCCGGUUUCUUAUAGUUCAAUGUACAAACAACAAAUCAAUACCUUCAUCAAUUUUAUUCGUCUUACAAAGCUUACCGGCCAAAUUUUAGAACAUUUGCAAACAAAUUCGUGUGAAGGCUUACAAGCCUCGUGGAAUCACCAUUCUAUCAUUAACAUUUUUGAAUCCUCAUUAUCGGAUUGGGUAAGGGAAUUACCACCAUAUCUGAACUAUGCUCCUUCAACGCAGGAUUCGAGCCUUCCAGGGCAAAUUGCCAGUUUACACAUGUAUCAUCAGACUUUACAUUUAUUAUUAUAUUAUCCAUACAUAGCAGGGUAUAGUGAUAAGGGAGGAGAUCAAAAGGUUAGAACGACCAAGACUUUUACCAAAAGUAUGAACAUUUGCAGUUCAGCGGCUAGCAUUAUAACUAAUAUCGGAGUCGAAUCAUUAAAUAAUGUGCAAACAUGCGUCACUUUUCCGGCAAUGUUUUAUUGCCUUGGCAAAGCAGCAAAAGUUCAUUCGAAAAAUAUCUUAUCUCCACAACGAGCUUUAGCAAUUGAUUCAUACAGAAAUAUCGUUAAAACCAUUAGAAUUUGUCAAUAUUAUAAACAAAAUAAUAUCAUGAAAGAAUUGGCGCAAAAAACUUUUAACUCGCUCGAAAAUAUUUUGAAGAAGUACCAAGAUAAGUUCAGUCAUGAAGAAAUCUUUGGAGUAACCCCGAGUGGACAAAUCGUUAAUCCGGAUGGAUUAGAUCUUAUCAUAAGUUCAUUUGGGUUAAACAAUUCUUCUUCGAUCGGGAUUAUUAAAAUAAGUCCUACGAUGCAAAAUCAAACUUAUUCAAAGCCUUUUUCUGUUAGUCCAAUGAAAUCCGUACAAAUGUUGUCAUUGCAAACAUCACCUUCAAUGGAAAAGAGAAAUCAAGUUCAACAAUCAAAUGCAAAUUUUGAUUUUCUUCACCAAACUAACAACAGUGAUGAAAGCCAACCUUUGUUCGCGAAUACGUUUGAUACCCAAAUGAUUCCAACAAAUUCCCUUUCACAAAGUGACAUAGCAACCACGUCAGCAAAUGAACCAUUCUGGAUGAUGUCGGCAUCUCAAUCAGCAAAUUUACACUCUGACAUAAAUUCUACCAUCGUUGACGGAGAAUUUGAUGUGCAUUCCCCGUUUGAUCACAUGACUAUCGCGGAAUCACCAGUUUCACCUCCGACAAAUUAUUUUUCCUCACAAUCGCGAUCUCAAUCACUUCCUUCCCCAUCAUCACCUGUAAAAUAUUACAUGCAAAACGGCUUUAAAUCGCAAUCCUUGUCAUCCAAUUCUCGCCAAAAUCAAAUGUCACUUGAUUCCAUUGAUCAAGAAACUCAUACCUCACCGAAUAGCCCUCCUAACUCGCAACAUUCAAAAAGGUAUGUUUCUCUGAAUACAAAUGAAAAUCAAGUCGAUUCAUUUCCUUCCGAAAAUAAUAAUAGUAAUUUUAUGUCAGAAAGAGAUGAAUCAUCAAUGUAUGAUGACGAUAGUAGCCGUAUGCGAUUUUAUAACAAUAGUUCAACAGCAACGAAUGACAAUUACCCUACGACAUCAUCACCUUCACAAUCAAGAAUAAUGAGAUCCCCUCCUUCCUCAUCUUCGGGCUUAAAGAAAAAAGCUAGCCCAUAUACCGAACCGGCGAUUCAUGUAUUAAGUAAAAGACAUAAUAAAUAUUGUAGAGCAACAAUUCCAACCACUUCGAUAUGUAUUGGAUAUGACGGGAUUGAUCAUGACUAUCAAUUUGAAUCAAAUGUAGCGUUUGGAUUCGAAAAUAGUGGAAUAUGA